AUUUUUAGAUUAGAUGAGCGAAUGAAAGUUGUAAUGAUUUCAAAGGUAAUUAUGUACUUUAUGAAUAUAUUGAAUAUUUUCAUAUGAUUAUUUUUACAUAAAGUUCGAUUAUAAAAAUCUUUAGAAAUAAAGAGAGAGAGAGAGAGAGAGAGAGAAAGAGUGAGAGAGAGAAAAACAGGGAAAAGAGAUAAAGUAGAAAAAAUGAUAAAGCUUUAAUCCGUUGAAUAAGUUUUGAAGUUUUAUAAUAUAGUUAUGGUGUUUUUAAGUGUAUUUUAAGUAAAUCUUUGAAUAUUCUAAAGUAUCUUUUAUCCUAUUUCAUUACAGAUUAGUUAAAAAAUAAUCGUCUUCCUUAUAAACUGCAAUAAAUACUGUAAAAAAAAUUAUCUAUAUUAAAAAGUACUCAAUAUUAUAUAAAAUACAUUAAUUAGCAUAAUGAAAGAGUUAUUAUCACAAAUUUCCGCUCAUAUAAAUAUGUUACCGGUCAAUUAUUUGAAGGGUAUCUGUAUGCAACAUAUUUUUUGCAUUAGGCCUAGAUGUACAUUACAUUAAUCCAUAUCUUUUUGUUUUUUCCCCCUUCUCCCCACCUCUUUCCUGAUAAUAAACAAACUAGAUAUUCCGAAAAGUUGAUAAGCUAAGACCAAUAGUUUGCUGCUAUUACCAUGGCGGAAAAAGUUUCAAGGCUUCCGAAUUGGAUAUUCAAUUGACCAAAACUCCAAAUCCCAAACCGGAUGACAAAAAUUUGCCAUUUGGUAAGACUUUUUCGGAUCAUAUGCUAAAUAUAGACUGGGAUCCGAAAAUGGGAUGGUCCAGACCAAAAAUUUUACCUUUUCAAAAUUUUAGCAUGCAUCCAGCUAGUAAGGUUUUCCAUUAUGGAAUUGAGCUCUUCGAAGGAUUGAAGGCCUAUAGGGGUGCAGACAAUGUUAUCAGAUUAUUUAGACCAGAUAAGAAUAUGGAAAGAAUGAUUGAGACGGCGAAUCGGUGCGAAUUUCCAGAUUUUGAUGGUAAUGAACUGAUCGGUUGUAUUAAAAAAUUGAUAAGCAUCGAUAGAGAUUGGGUACCAAAUUCUCAAUCAUCGACUCUCUAUAUAAGACCAAGUAUGAUUGCUACAGAACCAUGUAUUGGGAUAGGUUUUUCGAAUCAAACGAAAUUGUUCGUGAUUACUGGACCAGUUGGAGCCUAUUAUCAGACUGGACUUAAACCAGUUUCCCUCUUAGCCGAUCCUCAAUUCGUUAGAGCUUUUGAAGGAGGAACCGGAUACUAUAAAAUGGGAUGUAACUACGCGCCAACCAUUCAAAUUCAAUUGAAUGCUCUAAACGACCAUAAUUGCCAACAAGUUUUAUGGUUAUACGGUCCUGAAAGGGAAUUAACGGAAGUAGGGACCAUGAAUAUAUUUAUCUAUUGGAUUAAUGAAAGCGGCGAAAGGGAACUGAUUACUCCAUCUUUAGAAAAGAAGAUAGUGUUACCUGGUGUUACUAGAUUAUCUCUACUUGAGCUAACAAGAAAAAAGAAGAAAUUUAAGGUAACUGAAGGCAGAAUAACAAUGAGUCAAAUAAUAAAAGCCUUGAAUGAGAAUCGUCUAAUAGAAAUGUUUGGUUCGGGAACAGCUUGCGUAGUUUGUCCAGUAAAUAAAAUUCUAUACGAUAAAGAAUGGUAUGAAAUUCCAACUAUGGAACAAAAGGAGCCACUUUGUUUGCAAUUAUACAGCGAACUAACUGAUAUCCAAUACGGCCGAAAAUCAUCAGAUUGGGUAGAAGAAGUUGUAGAGAGUACCAAUGAAAAAGAUGUUCUUUCCAACUAUAAUUUAUGA